UUUCUAUCAGAGGGGUGGGGUUUAAAUUUGAUGGGUGCGGUGUCGUUGGGCUUGAUAUAAAACAAAGACCGUUAUAAAUCAUCACCAGAAUUUCCACACUUUCAUAUUUUCUUUCAGUUGAGGAAACUUGAAGAAAACGCAGACAUGAGUCUCUCUGGAAAGGACAAGACCGUGGUGAAGGCCUUUUGGGACAAGAUCGCUGCCAAGUCUGCUGAGAUUGGUGGUGAAGCUCUGGCCAGGAUGCUGGUUUCCUACCCUCAGACCAAGACCUACUUCUCUCACUGGUCCGAUCUGAGCCCCGAAUCUGCCCAGGUGAAGAAGCAUGGAGCUACCAUCAUGGCUGCUGUGGGAGAGGCAGUCACAAAGAUCGAUGACCUUCCCGGAGCCCUGUGCAAGCUGAGCGAGCUGCACGCCUUCAAGCUCCGAGUGGAUCCUGCCAACUUCAGGAUUCUGGCCCACAACAUCAUCUUGGUGAUGGCCAUGUACUUCCCUGCUGACUUCACCCCAGAGGUCCAUGUCUCUGUGGACAAGUUCCUGCAGAACCUGGGCUUGGCUCUGUCCGAGAGAUACCGCUAAACACUGACCCAACGACCCGAGAGGCCAGACUGCGAUGCAUGUCACCCAAAAUAAAACAUCAACACCACCUUUAAGCUUGAAAGGUUUGGUGAAUAAAUAUUAAAUGUCCAGAAA